CGGCGCUAUGAAGAAUUGUGUCGUAAUAUUAUUAGUGAUAUGAAUCAGUAUGGCCUCUCGGUGGUAGAUGAUCUGGGCCGUGAAAAAGGUUUACAAAUCUUAAAUGAAGUACAUAAAAUGUAUUCAGCCGGUGUCUUUAAGGAUGGUCAAUUAGUUAAUAAUAUGAAAUCUGAACAAGAUUUACGUACAAUACGUGGUGAUAAAAUAACAUGGGUUAAGGGUGUUGAGCGUGGCUGUUCAAAUGUUGGUUAUCUAAUAAAUCAAAUUGAUGCUGUUAUAUGUCGAGCAAAUAGCAUGAGAAAUAAUGGCAAAUUGGGUGAUUAUGUUAUAAAAGAAAGAACAAAGGCGAUGGUAGCUUGUUACCCUGGCUCUGGUUCUCACUAUGUCAUGCAUGUCGAUAAUCCCAAUAAAGAUGGUCGAGUUAUUACCGCAAUUUACUACUUGAAUCUCGAUUGGGAUUCCAGAAAUAGUGGCGGUGUCUUAAGAAUCUUUCCCGAACAAACAAAAUCUGUGGCGGAUAUAGAACCCAAAUUCGAUCGUUUAAUAUUCUUUUGGUCAGAAAGAAAUCCCCACGAAGUACAACCUGCCCAUAGAACACGUUAUGCCAUUACGGUUUGGUAUUUCGAUGCCAAUGAACGUGAACAGGCGUUAAAUCGUUGUAAAAAUUCUCAAAAUUCUAAUAAUGCUAAUAACAGUCUAACUAGUAAUAGUGCGUCAGCGUCCAGUAAUAGCAAUACAGAAAAUAAACCUACAGCUGCCUCUCCUCCUAAUACACAAUCUAUAGCAACAACAUCAUCAUCAUCAUCUUCCUCACCGGCAACAACAACGAAUGAUAUUUCAAAAAAUCCUGCGGCUACAACAAUACAAAAUUCCUCAAGACCCAUACAAGUGGUGCGACCAAAUUCUUAUAAAUAACAAAUCCUUAUUAUAUGAAAUUGUAUAAAACAAUAAUACUAAUAAUAAGGCUUAAUAAGGGUCUUUACUUAUGUGAAACACUAAACAUUUUAAAUAACCAAGUGAUAUAAACAAAUUAAGAAGAAGACCCUUUGUUAUUAAUACCUUAAAUUACGCUUAAAAUUCAAAAAUCAAACCAGAGAGAAUACUGAAUACAAUAACUGUAUUUUAUUAUUAACACAAUACAGAAAAAUAUUCCUAAUUUCUGGCAAAAAUAUUUCAGAAUUAAGUAUAUCUAAUUGUAUGUACCUUUUUUUUAUAAUUUAAACAGUCAAACCAACCUUGUAGUCGUAGUUGAAAGAAACUAAAAACAAGCAAAACAGUCAUUUACAUAAAAC